UUUUGGAAUUAAUAUUUCUUUUUCCCCGCAAGCAGAGGGCGAAGGGCGAGGGCGCACUUUUUUUCUCCAGCAGCCAGCACCCCUGUCGCCCCCUCCGCGCACCUACCCCUCACGACCCCCUUCGGAAAGAGGGGGGAAAAGACGGGGGCAACGAUGACCGAAGAGAGCUCCGACGUUCCCAAAGAGUUGCUAGAAAGUGUCAAGGAUGUGAUUGGGAGGAAGAUAAAAAUUUCUGUGAAAAAGAAAGUUAAACUCGAAAUCAAGAAUGACAAAGUAGAUAACAAAAUACUGGUGCUAACAUCAUGCCGGGCCUUUCUGUUAACUUCCCGUAUUCCUACCAAGCUGGAACUAACUUUCAGCUACUUGGAAAUCCAAGGGAUCACCUGCAAUAAACCAGGCCAGUUGAUUGUAGAAACUGAAAAAUGCAACAUUUCUAUGAAGUUGACUUCAUCUGAAGAUGUACAUGAAGUGUUGGCACAUAUUGGAACGUGCCUUAGGAGGAUAUUCCCUGGUGUUUCUCCAGUGAGGAUAAUGAAAAAAGUAAUUAUGGAACCCCCAGAAAGGCUGGCUAAUCUCCAGGCCCUGUGGGACGGCCAAACGGUGGCAGAAUUAGGACCAUGUGGAGGUUUUUCUCAAAUGUAUGCAUGUGUUUGUGACUGGCUUGGGUUUCCGUAUAGAGAAGAAGUUCAGUGGGACGUUGAUACCAUUUAUCUAACUCAAGAUACCAGGGAAUUGAAUUUACAAGACUUUAGCCAUCUUGACCACAGGGACUUAAUACCUAUUGUGGCUGCCCUGGAAUACAAUCAGUGGUUUACAAAACUUUCUUCCAAGGACCUAAAGUUAUCCACUGACAUUUGCGAGCAGAUCCUGAGAGUGGUGAGCAGAUCCAAUAAAUUGGAAGAAUUAGUACUGGAGAAUGCUGGUCUUAGAACAGAUUUUGCACAGAAACUGGCCAAUGCUCUAUCCCAUAAUCCCAACUCAGGACUUCAUACAGUUAAUCUUGCCAGCAACCCCUUAGAGGACAGAGGUAUAUCCUCUCUAAGUAUUCAGUUUGCCAAAUUGCCAAAGGGGCUGACACAAUUGAACUUAUCAAAAACCUCACUUUCACCUAAAGGGGUGAACAGCCUUUCACAGUCACUGAGUGCCAACCAGCUGUUAGCUACCACACUUACCCACCUUGAUCUCUCAGGGAAUGUUCUUCGGGGUGAUGAUCUUUCAUUCCUGUAUAAUUUUUUGGCUCAGCCAAAUGCCCUUGUUCAUCUGGAUGUAUCCAAUACAGAGUGUGCAUUAGACAUGAUGUGUGGAGCUCUUCUUCACGGCUGCCUUCAGCAUCUUGCCAUUCUUAAUGUAUCCAGGACAGUUUUUUCUCACAGAAAGGGAAAAGAGGUCCCCCCAUCAUUCAAACAGUUUUUCAGCAGUUCACUUGCUUUGAUGCAGAUAAACCUUUCAGGAACUAAACUCCCUCCUGAGCCUCUAAAAGCACUCUUGUUGGGUCUCGCUUGUAACCAAAAUUUGAAGGAAGUCUUUUUAGAUCUGAGUAGCUGUGAGUUAAGAUCAGGAGGUGCACAAGUUUUAGAAGGAUGCAUAGCAGAAAUACAUAAUAUUGCCAGCCUUGAUAUUUCAGACAAUGGCCUAGACUCCGACCUUUCAACUCUUAUAGUCUGGCUUAGUAAAAAUCGAUCAAUAAGACAUUUGGCUUUAGGAAAAAAUUUUAACAACAUGAAAUCCAAAAAUCUGGCUCCUGUACUUGAUAAUUUAGUUCAGAUGAUUCAAGAUGAAGAUUCACCCUUGCAGUCACUAUCUCUAGCAGAUUCCAAGCUGAAAACAGAAGUUACUAUCAUUAUCAAUGCUCUGGGCAGCAACACAUCUCUUACGAAAGUGGAUAUUAGUGGAAAUGGCAUGGGAGACAUGGGAGCAAAGAUGCUGGCGAAAGCUCUUCAGAUAAACACCAAACUCAGAACUGUUAUAUGGGAUAAGAAUAAUAUCACUGCCCAGGGCUUCCAGGAUAUAGCAGUAGCACUAGAGAAGAAUUACACCUUAAGGUUCAUGCCUAUACCUGUAAAUGAUGCUUCUCAAGCACUUAAAACUAGCCCUGAGAAAACUGAAGAGGCACUUCAGAAGAUAGAAAACUAUUUACUUCGUAAUCAUGAGACCCGAAAGUACCUACAGGAACAAGCAUACAGACUGCAGCAAGGCAUAGUAACUAGCACAACACAGCAGAUGAUUGACAGAAUAUGUGUCAAAAUACAAGACCAUCUGAACUCACUAAGAAACUGUGGCAUUGACACUAUACAAGAAGAUCUGAAAUCAGCAGAAAGGCUUAUGAAAGAUGCUAAGAACUCUAAAACAUUAUUACCAAAUCUGUAUCAUCUUGGUGGAGCUUCUUGGGCAGGAGCAAAUGGCUCUUUAUCCAAUCCAAUUCAGGAGACUCUGGACUCAAUGGCUGGGGAAGUCACCAGGGUUGUCGAUGAUCAGCUUAAGACACUGCUUGAGUCUAUGGUGGAUGCUGCAGAAAACCUCUGUCCAAGUGCAAUGAAGAAAACAAACAUAAGGCAAGACUUGAUUGAGGCAUGCACUGAAAAGAUUUCCAUUCCACGGACGUUUGUAAAAAAUGUUCUCUUAGAGCAGUCUGGUGUUGAUAUCCUUAAUAAAAUCAGUGAAGUGAAGUUGACAGUUGCCUCACUGCUCUCGGACCGAAUAGUCGAUGAGAUCCUUGAUGCCCUGUCACGUUGCCAUCAUAAGCUGGCAGAUCAUUUGUCCAGGCGAGGCAAGCCUCUACCUCACCAGGAAUCACUAGACAUUGAACUAGAGGAGGAGAAGCCUACCAAGCGAUCUAUCAUCACAGUUGAAGAGCUGACUGAAAUUGAACGUUUAGAAGAUCUAGAUACAUGCAUGACUCUCUGCUGUACAAGUAUGACUCCUAAGUCUAAAAGGAAGAGUAUCCACAGUAGAAUGUUAAGGCCAGUAUCCAGAGCUUUUGAGAUGGAGUUUGACUUGGAUAAAGCAUUGGAAGAAGUUCCUAUCCACAUAGAAGACCCACCAUUUCCUUCUGGGAGGCUGGACAAACGUACUUCCGGAUUCAUUUCAGAACUGCCUUCUGAGGAAGGAAAAAAACUGGAGCACUUUACAAAACUGAGGCCUAAAAGGAACAAGAAGCAACAACCGACACAAGCAGCUGUGAGUUCUUCAGCUCCGCAAGAUGGAGAACAGAAUGGCCUCAUGGGAAGAGUGGAUGAAGGUGUUGAUGAAUUUUUCACAAAGAAGGUGACAAAAAUGGAUUCAAAGAGGCCUUCAACAAAAAGUUCGGACACCAGUGAGUCUGGAGAAGGACCUGAUGAAAAGAAAAAAAGAGAUUCACGAAAAAGUGGUUUCCUCAAUUUAAUCAAAUCCAGGUCAAAAUCUGAACGUCCUCAAACUGUAUUAGUAUCAGAAGAGCCCUCAUCCCCCAAAGGUGUUGCGAGAGGCACCACAGUGGACACUACAAAGAAAGAAGUUAAAUCAGCUGACCAGAAUGGCAGCACAGAUGAGUUAAAAACUCCAGACUCUGUGGAAGAGGCAGUCUCAGAAGAUGCUUCAAAACUUGAGAAGAGUGAUAGCAAAGGAAGCCCUCAAGGAGGGCGUAGGUAUGGAGUACAAGUGAUGGGCAGUGGGCUUUUAGCUGAAAUGAAAGCCAAACAAGAGCGGAGGGCUGCAUCAGCGCAGAAGAAACUAGGCAAUGAUGCAAGAGACUCCACCGAUCUUUCAAUAAACUCAGAACGACUGGAUGAAAGCAGUGCAGUAAGUAAGCUUCACCAGUCAUCUCCAGAAAACCGGUUUGUCCUGAGUAAAGGCGACUCCAUCACAGCCUCAUCAGAAAAACCGAUAAAAACAGAACCAAAGACAGAAACUGGGGCGAGAGCACGGAGUUCUUCCAGCACAGCUACUAGUCCAAAGCCUCCCCUUCAGCCAGUAAAGCCCAGUCUAGCAGGACGGCCAACUGUUCCUCAGAAGCCACGGUCUGCUUCUCGCACAGAAGACAUCCCGGAGUCUCCAUCUGGUCCUGGAUCCCCUAAAAUUGCUCUGUUGCCACCUGUUUUGAAAAGGGUUCCUUCUGAUAAAGAAAAAGAUAGUCAGAGCAGCCCACAGCCUGCUCUCCGAUCUCUUUCACAUGAAGGUUCAAAAAGAAGCCCAGGACAUCAGGUUUAUGAACCCCAUGAGCAGAAACAGAGGUCUUUAAGUAAAGAUGGCCAGCAAGGAAGCAAGUCCAGUGACUCUGGAGAAGAAGCAGAUAAAGAUUUUAUUUUUGUUUAAUUGGUUGUUCAUUCACUUGGCAGUGCAAGGUCUUUUGUAAUAAUAAGGGUACAGCUAUCAAUUACCCUUCUUUUUCAUCAGCUGUUUUUAUAAAGGAGAAUUUUACAGUUUUAAGAAAGAGUCAUUGAUUGCACUGGUAAUUAAAUUUCAUUGAUUUGACUCUUUGGGGGUUUUUCCUAACAAGUAUGAUUCCAGACAUUCCCUUUCAUGACUCUGCUAAAGCCAGCAACUCUUCUACUUGAAUUUCUGUGAAGCAGCUACAAAAAUUAUGCCUUGCAUUAGGACUAGAGAUUAAAAACAAAGCAAAUGAACUGAACAUUUUCUUACACUAACCCACUAUGUACAGCAGGAGAGAUGUUGUACUGCUGAAUGUAAAUGUGUCAAACUUGCACGCAAAUUUAUAAAUAUAUUCUUGCUGAAUGCAAUUGCACAUUGUAAUUAUAUCAACAGAGCACACUAAUAAAAGAAUUUGUAUAAAUAAUAUAUAUUAGAUGCUUGGAUAUGAUUUUUACAUUCUCCUUUGGGAGACUUUUUCCUGUUUGUUGUACUGUAUAUAAGAACACAACCUCUUACAUUUGUGCACUGUUCAAAAGCACAACAAAAAUACAGAUUUGCUAAAACCUUGCUAUGCUUCCACAUCCAUAGGUUAAAUAUAUGGUGUUGAUUGGAAUGAGGGCGAUGGGUGUUUUAUUGAUAAUGAUGUUUUCUAGAGGCUGCCUUAGAAUCUCUCUGCAUCCUCUCUAACCUUUAACAUGUACUUCUUAAAAAAGGUUUUUGUCUGUAAAAGCAUUUAUGCAUUUUUUUCUUUGUGUAUUCAUUGGCAUCUGCUUACGAUACAGACUGAAGGAAUUUUAUUCAUAAUGUAUAUUUGUACCAAUAAAAUGAUUUUACAA